AUGGGUGCAGUGAAAGUGGGCAGUGGGAGGGAACCAGCGUUGAUGAUCGGCAGUAUAAAAAAGGCCCUGAGCACCAAGGCCUCCAAGGCCAAGCUCCUCAGGCCCAAGAUCCCCAAGGCCAGUGCCCAGAGUACUGGCCACAAGAUGGCCACCAAGCGUCCAGGCCCUAGAGUUGGCACCAAACGACCAGUCCCCAAGAUCACAAAGCCUGACUCUAAGGUUGCCAGAACCAUUGACCCCAAGGCUGCCAAGUCCACUGACCCCAAGGCUGCCCAGUCCACUGACCCCAAGGCUGCCAAGUCUCUUGCCACGGUCAUCAAGUCUGAUCCCAAGACCACCAAAUCUGGCCCCAAAGCCAGCAAAUCUGACACCAAGCCAGCCAAGUCUGAUUCUAAGGCCCCAAAGCCCAGUGAUUCCAAGGCUGCUAAGCCUGCUGAGCCCAAGCCUGCCAAGUCCAAACCCAAAGAUGCUGGGGCUAAAGCUAGUCCCAAGCCUUCAAAAUAG